AGCUCGAUGACGAAUUAGGGUUUUGGGUUUAGAAGUUUAUAGAACAUUCUAGACUCGUAAUCAUUUGGUCAUAACAUCAGCUCGAUCCAUUUGUUUAGCAAUAUUUCCAUUUCCCUCUUCCAACAUUAGCUCUGCAGCAUAUUCCCGCCGUUUAGCUCACUACCUUAUCCAUGGCGUCUAUGUUCUUGACUGUGAAGCCCUUUGUAAACAAAAUCGACGUACCCACUUUGUCGAAUCGGAGAAUACAGAGUACUCGGAGAACGUCCCUUAAAGUCUGUGCAGUGUCGAAGAAAUUGGAACCCGCCAAGGUCGUUCCACAAGGGGAUAGAGUCCUCAUUCGGCUCGAGGAGCUUCCUGAGAAAUCAGCAGGAGGAGUUCUAUUGCCCAAGUCAGCUGUUAAAUUUGAGCGUUAUCUUUUGGGAGAGAUCCUUUCUACAGGUGCUGAUGCUGGGGAAUUGGGGCAAGGAAAGAAGGUUCUUUUCUCGGACAUAAGUGCUUAUGAGGUGGAUUUAGGCACAGAUGCAAAACAUGUGUUCUGCAAAGCAAGUGAUUUACUGGCUGUAGUUGAGUAGGUCUCUGAUUUUCUUUUGUAGGCAGAACGAUUUUUUCCAUUGUUCUAGCUAUCAAUGUAAUUGAAUAUUAUUUAUGUUGAACUCUCUGAUUCAGUUCUUUUGAUAAAUACUUCACUCUCUUUUGUUUUUUCUGCUA